AAGUUUUUACCAUCAAUCCUACUUCCUUUAGAAUUCACAAUCCUACUUCCUCUAGAAUUCACAAUCCUACUUCCUCUAGAAUUCACACUCGACCCAAAUUGCCUCACCGCUUUUUCAAGCUAUAUAUAGACAGAGAGCACACCACACAAAAAGGUAUAUUACAUUUACGCAAAUAGUUAGACAAAGAAAGAAAAAAAGAAAAAGGAGAGAGAAAGAGAGGAUUCAGAAUGGCUUUGGACUACUACGGCGUUCUGAACGUGAAGAGGAAAGCCAGCGACGAUGAAGUGAAGAGGGCGUACAAAAGGCAGGCGUUGAUAUGGCAUCCAGACAAGAACCCGGCCAGCAAACAAUCUGAGGCCGAGAAAAAGUUCAAGCAGAUCUCCGAGGCCUACGAGGUGCUCGGUGACCCUCGCAAGCGUCUGAUCUAUGAUGUGGAAGCAAUCAAGUCCGUCCAAUUUCCUCCUCCACGUCCUUCGUCUUCCUGUGCGCCAGCUGCUGCUUCAAGAUGCCAUCAGAAACACCACAACCGGCAGCAGCAUCCGGAUAUUGUGAAGUUACGUGUUUUUGGUGAAGAUGGUUUCUGGGUACGGGUACACCCUACCAAUUGUAAUUGAGGUUUUUCUCUUUCUUGAUUUUGACAAUUUAGACUUGUGAGGGAUACCUACCUACGUGUUGCCGGUACUCUUUUUCCUUAUUUGAGGUUUUCCCACUUAGGGUUUUUUUCUUAGUAAGGUUUUAAUGAGGCCGGUGGUAUUCCCUUGAGGUCUUUUGGUCGGUUUGUCCUUCUUGGACUCGAUUUCAGUUGUACUUGACUGACUUUGUAUUGAAUUUGAUUUAAUGGAGGGCUGCCAACCUAGUUGGGAUGUCUCCUGUAUAUGCAAAAUUCAUCUUCUUAUUCUUUU